AUCCGUAGAAUAAAAACGUUUGACAACUAAGAUUUGACCUGUCUGCUUCUUGGAGCUGCAAGCUCACUCUCCACCAUCAUCAUCACCAGCACCAGCUGUUAGAACUAGUUGGAUCAACUUAUUUUCAUUGAUUAAAACAACCGAAGGUGACACAUCCGUGUUCAACAUGGCGGCCUACAAAUUAGUGCUCAUUCGUCAUGGAGAGAGCAACUGGAACCAGGAAAAUCGUUUCUGCGGCUGGUUCGAUGCAGACCUGAGCGAAACCGGGGAGAAGGAGGCGAAGAGAGGAGGACUGGCUCUCAAAGAUGCUGGUUUUGAGUUUGAUAUCUGCUACACCUCGGUAUUAAAGCGGGCCAUCAGGACCUUGUGGCUCGUCUUGGAUGGCAUCGAUCAGAUGUGGGUGCCAGUCCAUCGGACCUGGCGGCUCAAUGAGCGGCACUAUGGAGGCCUAACAGGCCUGAACAAAGCCGAGACAGCUGCUAAGCAUGGAGAGGCCCAAGUGAAGAUCUGGAGGCGCUCAUUUGAUAUCCCUCCUCCCCCCAUGGGCCCAGACCAUGACUACUACACUAUCAUCAGCAAGGAUCGUCGCUAUGCAGACCUAACGGAGGACCAGCUGCCAUCUUGUGAGAGCCUUAAGGACACCAUUGCACGUGCACUGCCUUUCUGGAAUGAGGAGAUUGCCCCUCAGAUCAAACAGGGGAAAAGGGUGCUCAUUGCUGCCCAUGGAAACAGUUUGAGGGGAAUUGUGAAGCAUCUGGAGGGAAUGUCAGAUGAAGCCAUCAUGGAGCUAAACCUGCCAACUGGCAUCCCGAUCCUCUAUGAGCUCGACAAGAACCUAAAACCAGUGAAGCCGAUGCAGUUCCUGGGAGACGAGGAGACUGUACGCAAAGCCAUGGAGGCCGUUGCUGCUCAGGGAAAAGCCAAGAAGUAACAAGACGGGAAGAAAAUAAAUAAACUCUAUUAAUGUGUGAUGGUAUAAGUCAUCCCUGAAAACUGACCUCAGAAUAGUGUGUUUCUCAAAUGCUAAUUAAUUUCAGGUUUUAAAAUAUAUAUAAAAUGCUUUAGAUUGUUCUCCUUGCUUGGUGCCAGCCAAGUCAUAGCUAUAGAUUGAUGCAUUUCAGAGAAGUGGAAACCACAGCUCCCAAGAGAUUGCAAAUAAUUUGGAAAAUGAUCAUCUUCGGAUAAUUCUGAUACAAAACUGACAAAAUUUGUAGUAACGCGAUAAAAAUUACUGAAGGAGACUCAAAUGUUGCCAUAAGCUAGAGACUCAUAAGAUGUAGUUUUGGUUUUGAUGCUCAACAUGUAUGCUAGGUCUGCAACAAGCCAAGAGUUACCUCCUCAUCAUGUGUUUAUUCUCUCCUUUUAAGUAAGCCUGUGACUUUUGCACCAAGAAAACGUUGUUAAUUAGAAAAAAAGGCUACUUAAUUUUGCAAUCUCGUGAGAGUGUGGUGGGAAAUAUUGAACAAAUUGUUUUCUUUCACUACACGUCUUUAGGCUGUGUGCCACCUUCAUGAAUAUCGUCUGUGUUUUUGUCUGGAAUUUAGUCAUUUAUUUCUCUCAUUUUGCACAUAUAUUAAUACUUUGCAAGUUUUGCACUGUAUAGAAAAGGAAAAUUCCCUUAUUUUAAUAAGGGUCCACAAAUUUUACAGUGGUAAGAAUAGAGGGUCUCAAAAUGUGUUUUGAUGUGUUUUCACCUUAUUUUGGUCUGUUAUUGGUUUUGUGUGCCUCCCACCAUGUCUGACAGCGUUGUUGCUUCUUUUAAUAUAUGUAAUUCCUUCUGUCUUGCUUAAAUGUACCAUGAAAGCUAUGAGUUAAUAAAAGAAGAAAUAUAAGGCGA